AGAUUAAAUCAUCCUUAUCAAGACAAGAUACACUAUGAAAGGCAACGCUCUGUCCCCCCAAAACGGCGCUACUUGCAGCCGGCAUCACCUCACUAUGAGCUGGCAUAAUCUGACUCAUCACUAGCUCAGGGUUUGAAUCCUUGUUGCUGCAGGUGCGCAUUAGUGACCGUCUAGAAUGGAAGUCAAGAGACAAAGGUUAUAUUCUCCGAGAUCCCGCACGGGAUGUCGAACCUGCCGGACGAGGCGGAUCAAAUGUGACGAGAGUCCAGGAUCGUGCAAGAACUGUACCUCCACCGGAAGGACCUGCGAUGGAUACGACUUCACUCGACUCCCUAGAGUCGGGCGCCUGCGCAACUCCCCGGAGUUCCAGCUUCGGGUCAAUCUCCCCGGGAUGAGUACUGACGAGCGUCGGUGCUUUACAUACUUCCAAACCCACACGGUACCUAGAAUGGUGGGCUUUUACGACUCGGAGCUUUGGCAGCGACUGGUCCUCCAGAUGUGCCAAGCGGAGACUGCAGUGUGUCAUGCAGUCGUCGCUCUCGGUGCCUUGCACGAAGACUCGGAAGCGCGGGGAAUGCCGCUGCAAAAGGUCGAUCUAGGUCAUAAUAACCACCACCGCUUCGCCCUCGAGCAGUACAGCAAAGCCAUUGCUGCCCUGCAGAGGCGCCUGCAGUCGAACGAUCCCCAGGCGCGCUUAGCCGUGCUGAUGUGUUGUGUGACCUUCAUCUUCUUCGAGUACCUCCAAGGAAAUCGCGGGAAGGCCUUCGCUCAUCUCCAGAACGGGCUCCAUGUGUUGGCGAACCACAAGGGAGAAGAGGCACGAGCCAUUGUUAUGUCCAAGGUUCUCCGCCAGGAAGUCAACGGGUCUACGACGGAAAAAGCUCUGCUGAGAACAUUCGCCCAGCUGGACGCCCAGUCAGUGCACUUCAGAGUCUCCGGAUCCGUCACCACGCUGGGCGCGCAAAACGGAUAUCUAGCUGCUGAUAUACUCGACCAGGAGUUCUCAUUCAACAGUCUGGAGGACGUAAAAGACAGUCUGGACCCAUUCGGAAGCGUCGUCUUUCGCUUUCGAACCACCUGCCGACCACUCUUAAGGGACCCCAUGACCGACAUCUUCCAACUCUCCAUCCAACACCAAAAGAUUCGAACCCAACUGAUGAAGCACAUUUCCGCCUUCGAAGCCUUCAUCUCACGCUUUACAUCCAAAGUCACACCAAAAGAAGCCCGUAGCAUCGACAUGACAAGACUACACCAUCUCAUCCUAAUGGUCGACCUGGAAACCAUGCUCAGCCUAUCCGAGCUCGUAUAUGAUUACUACCUACCACAAUUCCAAACCUUCGUGAACCUCUGCGAUCGAAUCAUGAGCAGCAUGAGGGCCGAGUACGGCAAGGACCUUUCCAAAAUGGUGACCGACAUGGGCGUGAUCGCACCAUUGGGUUGGACAAGUCUCCGAUGUCGAGAUCUCCCCACUCGCCAACGAGCAUUAAGUCUUCUUGACUCCUGGCCCCAUUGCGAAGGUCCGUACGACUCUCGGUUCUUUGCCAGUCUAGCCCGCCAGGUCGUCGCAAUUGAGACCGAAGGCGAAGUAGACGGUUUUGUUCCGGAAUAUGCUCGCGUACGAAACAUUUCGCUGGAGAUGUUAGGCGAUGGGCGGCAUGCGGUGCUCUGCUAUACGUUGUCGGAUCCGGAAGGGGGCGAACUUGAUGAUGUACAUCGACGGCCGUUUCUUUUUCAGUGAGGGUGAAAUUAUCGUCAACUAGUGAACGUUUGGUCUAAGGGCCUUGGUCGUAGAGUACCUAGAGUGGCACAUACCCCAAUCAGAUAUCCUGUGUAGUAAGCCAAUAAAUAGAUCGGGCACCAAGCAUCAAAGGCAAUAAAUGGUUUGCGCCUGGUGACUCAAUGCACCUUGCAAUGGAGAGAAAGCGCCAGGAUUUGAUUAGAUCGGUAUGUUAAUUAAUCUAAGCUCCACU